AUGCGCUUCACUCAACUUUUUGCCGUUACUGUACCGACCCUUGUGGUUGCAGGUGGUGCUGCCACACUCCAUGCACCAAUCCCCGCAGACACCCUCGAAGCGUUCAUCAAGAACCUAAACGAGCCCGAAGCCCUUGAUGCCUUCAGGGCUGUGCUGAAUGGCGAGAUCCCACCAUCACCAUCUCUCGCUGCCCGCGAGGCCAACCUCGAGGCCGAGCUUGCAGAGCGUCGGGAGUGCUGCGAGUACGGCAUUUGCUGCAACAUCGAGACCUGCAAGGAAGACGGGAGCAGCUGCCUUCAAAUGUGCUUUGGUUAUCAAAGCCCUUGGCAACAGCUUGGUUGUAUUGCUGGUAAGUGA